UGAAUGCAGCAGCAGCAGCACCACUCUGCACCUGCUGAUGUUACUCAACCAGCCGGCUGGAUGUUCUAGGUACCGUUAUGGAAGAGACAGGGAAAGCAAUAAGAUAGAACAAAUAAAUCGCCUAGCUUGCUAACAAACAAACAAACAGACAACCAAGGAAGUCAGUUUGGACUCAUAUCAGGGCGGUUUUCUACACAUUUCAGAGCUCAGUCCACCGGAUAUGACGUGUUGUCUGCACCUCUUGUCCAUCACAGCUCAGGAGCAGGAGGUCUAGUUUAAUGGAACAGGCUGGCCCGCUAAACACCGCUAAACAGCCUGACAGCAGAAACAGUCCACCUCUUAGACCUUCAGCUUAAAACAAUGGCCCAGCUGCAGGCCUGUCUGCAGCCUAACAACAACAACCAUCGUCUGCUGAUCGGAUAGUGCGCCGGACUGUGAGUGACUGCGGGCUCGCUGACGUUACGCAGCUGUCUGAGAACCAAAGCUAACCUAAGCUAUCUACCGUUAGCUGCACUGCCAUAUGAUAUUGACGCACAUUGCACAGGGACAGACCUCUACAGGAAGCGAUCGGAUCAGCAGAAUAUAGCCCCCGUGACGCUGAAAUGGAGAAAGAAGAAGCAGACCGGCUGAUAGAGAAGGCCAAGCUGUGUUUACGGUCUGGACGGAAGGAUCGGGCUCUGCAGCUGCUCUAUGAAGCCCAGAACAUUCACCCCAGCACCCGGGCCAGAGUGCUGAUAGAUGCCAUAGUAAGGAAUGGAGGCACCGCAGCUCCACAAGCAAACCACGUGCCCCCGCCAACAGGCUGGAGAGACGAGGACAUUGGAAACAAUGAAACGAGUAAUGCGAGUGGUGACGAAAAGAAGAGCUACACCGAGGAGCAACGCCAGGGUGUUCUCAGGAUAAAGAAUUGCAAGGACUUUUAUGAAAUCCUUAGUGUUCCCAAAAAUGGCAGCGACGAAGAUUUGAAGAAGGCGUACAGGAAGUUGGCCCUCAAGUUUCACCCCGACAAGAACUUUGCUCCAGGAGCCACGGAUGCUUUCAAAGCAAUAGGCAAUGCAUAUGCAGUGCUGAGCAAUCCAGAGAAGAGGCAGCAGUAUGAUCAAUACGGAGAUCAAUCCACAGCUCCGAACGCACCUCAACACUCCAGCCACAGUCGCCAUGGAUACUACCGAAGCUUCAACAGAGACUUUGAGGCCGACAUUUCUCCCGAGGAACUCUUCAACAUUUUCUUUGGAGGAAGAUUUCCAACAGGAAAUAUCCACGUGUACACCAACCAGGGAGCCUCCUACUCUCAGUUCUAUCAGCCUCGUCGUCGACGUGCUUAUGAGAGGCGCGAGGAGGUGGUGGAGGACAACCAGACUCAGAACACCUUCACAGCGCUGCUGCAGCUUCUGCCUGUGCUGGUGCUAAUCCUCAUAUCAGUGUUUACUCAGAUGAUGGCCACUAACCCGCCCUACAGUCUCUUCUAUAAGCCGGCCAUGGGGCUGGUGGUGUCCAGGGAAACGCAGCACAUGGGCGUACCGUACUAUGUGGAUAAAAGUUUUGAGAAGGAAUACCGCGGAGCUGCGCUGGAUGAACUAGAGAAGACAAUCGAGAGUGACUAUAUCGAACACCUGCAGAGCAGCUGCUGGAAAGAGAAGCAGCAAAAAUCAGACUUGGCAAACCUGGGACAACUGUACCGAGACGAACGGUUAAAGCAGAAGGCCGAGUCGAUGAGGCUGGACAACUGUGAGAAGCUGCAUCGAUUGGUUGGGCGUCAGAGAGGCAAAUGAGAACCGUUUUGAGAGGAGAACACGUUUUCUUUACAGACUUUUACAAUAACGCAUUUUAUUGAAGUGUGUAAUUUAUCCAAUCUGGCCACUUUGUAAAGAAAUCUCUUUUAGGUACAGCGCAGUCAGUGGCACAUGAUGCCACUGGAAACAAUGUGCCUUCUCUCCUCUUUGAUGGUAGGAAACAAGAGUUGCAUGUUAGCUGCCAACCCUGGCUGAGGCGGUGGCAGCAGCAUCAAGUGCAAACUCACUGUGGCAGUGUGUAUAAUGUCUCAGAGCCUUUAAACUUUCUUAUAGAAAUGGCAUGACAUACGGGGUCUCCCCUUGGGGUUAUGAAGGCAGUAGUAUGUUCACUCAUACACGUUUUUAUUUGUUUAGGUUUUGUAGUUUACCUGUAUUUAUUUUCUAGAAUGUUUUUGUGUCCUCGCUGAAAUUUUAGGUGUAUUUAUUUAAUAGUUAAUAGAGUGAAUGUUAUGUGAGCAUCUUGGCUCAUCUUUUUUCUGUAGGAAGUAAUUUAUUAUAACAACAUGAACAAAUCAGAUAUUAGAAAAGGACUGCAACAUCUAUACUGUGGUUAAUCAGGCAAUUUGACCUGUGGCACUAUAUCAAUAGGAGGCACAGUAGAGUAAAAUUUUACUAAUCAUGACCACAUUUUUUCUGAUUGUGUUAUAAUCAUAAAAAGUUGUACUUGCCAAAACAUGAGCUGUCUCCUACAGUAGAGCUUCCUACUCCCCGCACUACUGCACACAUAGGGGUUUAUUACGUCGGUCAUUAAAGGUGCUAUUGAUAACAUUCAGCCACCAGAUGUCACAUUCUCCCUCCCCGUUCCAUUGCAUUCACUUCACAUCAAGUCGUUUCCAGGCACUUAUCGUCAAUCUCAGCCAUUUAUCCAUUUGUUCUAUACUAACUGACGACACAGAGAUACCACGUGAUACCAACAUCGUUAUACUAUUGGAUCCCUAUUGGUCAGAUAUCUUCCACAGAGAUAAACAAAACAUUAAUUUUGGACCCGCCAAAAAAUUUAAAAUGAUUAAUUCACAAUCAUAAUUUGUUCGAGGAAAAGCCAUACAUUUAUUUUGCACCUUUCUAAAAGCUCUGUGGAUGUAUUAUUUCUUAAAAAAUAUCUGUCUACAUAAAAAUGUUAUUAAUAAGACCUUUAAGCUUCUGGCAUUCAGGAAGUUGUUCAGUGUUAUAGCUGCAGGAAUACAUUUGAGGUUUAAGUGUGAGAAAUGACUGCUGUGUGUUGCAAAAAGAGGCCACGUUUUGAAGAAGUAAUUUUUGAUUUGUCACAAGCAGGGAGUCCAAUUCAACCAAAAAGCCCAUUCACAGUCCUGCUCAGUGUUCCAGUGUAACUGGUGGAUACGGGAAGCUCAACUGUGAGCAAUAUCUGAAAGGUCGCCGGGGAUUAAACGGCAUGCAAUACCUUCUUUUCCUAAACCGUGCACAAGCUUAAAUCAUUUUGUUCUCAGUAAAAAUGCUAUUUGGCCCAUGUUUUAUAAAUUCUUCACAUAUAAAUUUAAAGAAAACACAUUUGUUUUGAAAAUAUCAUCUUAAACGGAAUUAUCAAUUUGUUUAGAAACGUAUUAAAUAUCUGUGGACAUGAACAGCUUUCUUCCACAGCUAGGAACCAGAAUUAUGACUUUUACUUGUCGGACCUUGCUAAAAUUUGUGGAAUUAACUUAAAUUCUUUAUAGUACCGACCACAGAUGAUCAAACCCUAGACAGACAUGGACACUUGUUUCUGUGCACUGCCACACUGCCUUAGCUGUUCUCAUACUUGCGAAACAUUCAGGUUCAUCUCAAGCACUUUUUAAGUUAAUAUUUAACCCUGUGUUCCCUAUUGUUACUGUUGCAUGCACCCUAGUGAGAGAGUGUUUUAUUAAGUUGCGUAUUUAUUUUUCGGCGAACACAUCUUCACGACUAGUGACUGACACACUAAAUGUUAAAUUGAUUUGAAUAUUCAGGUCCACACUGUAACUCACAAACAUGUCAAAAUCUUUGCUGUGAUACGCAAAGAUCAGGUUUUGGUAUCAGCCGGUGUGGUAGUGUACACCCGAGCAACACUGCAGAAAUCAGUUUUCAGCCAAAUAUACCUGAAAAUUAAAGAUGUAACCAGAA